GGAUACAACCAAAAAUAAAACCCAAGAAAAUCAAAGAACGAAAACAGAAUAACUACGCAUCUGUGGACUGUGGAGCGAAGMUCCUCAGCACAAACCCAGAGGCUUCAAAUGCGUUUUCGAUCCUUCAAGAUAACCGAGAUAUUUAUAUGUUGAACCCCUGCAGCGCUAAGAUAUGGUUUAUUGUUGAACUCUGUGAUACUGCUCAAGUCAGAAGAAUUGACAUUGCAAAUUUUGAGCUGUUUUCUUCCACGCCAGAGAGUUUCAGGGUGUUUGUGAGUGGACGAGUAAAUGAUUCAGUUGGUGUUUCUGCAGACCAUGAUAAAACGAGCGAAAAAUCUUCCAAUGAUGAAAACUCAAAAGAAACAAAAGAAAACCAAAAGGAAAAUGGAAAUUCGGAGGAAAAUGAAAAAGAAAGGAAAACUAAAACAACACGUGAUAAAAAACCUGUGGAAGAUAUUAGCAAUGAAAAUAAUUCCGGAAAUGCAGAUGGCAACAGAAGUAUAACAGAAACUCUAGAGUCUUCGAGUGACAUUUCUGAGGCUACUCGCAUUAAGGAAGAAAUCCAAGCUACCUCUACUAUAAAUAGCACAUCUGUGCAUCCAUCCUUGAUGAUUGAACCCAGUGGAUCGCAGCGAUCUGAAGAACAAUCAUUGGACAGAAAGACUGAAGCAACUCCAUCGCUGGAUUCCGUCUCAUUACUUAAAGUAGCAGUAUGGCCCAGAAGGAAUCUAUUUUUAUGCGCCUUACCAACAGAAUAAAGGCCCUUGAACAAAACCUUACCCUCAGCACAUUGUACAUGGAAAGACUCAAUCAAAAAUAUCGCAGAAUUGUAGAAGAUAUGCAGAAAAACUUUGAUAAAAGAAUAAACCUUCUGACAAAUGCAACGAUAAAAGCAGAAAAUAUGAUUAAAAGUCAAAAAGAGCAGAUCUCUCAGCUGCAAGCCAAAGUUAAUGAGACUAAAAAAGAAAUGGACUUCUUCUCCAAGAAGUUAGCCAGUCUAAGCAAAGACGUAAGUGAUAUUUUUAUUGAAAACAUUACUAACAUUCCUUCCUUACUAACAUUGCAGGGGUUUUGAUGGGAAGCGGGGAGGGAGAGUUCCUGCUAUAUCCUUAAAAUCAGCUAAUGGUGUCCAUAUGYUCAUCCCAUUCRCCCAAAAAUUUCGUCGAGUUUACAUUUUGUAUUGUUGCCACCGUCAGUGCUG